UGCCAUCUCAAACACGUACAGCUCACUCUACACGAAUCACACUCGCUACUCUCCUAAUUCAUUCCUAGUCCGAACAAAAAGCACAAUGUUCCCUGCUAUCAACGUCGCCCGAGUCGGUCUCCGUGCCACCCCCCGUGCCGCCCGGGUCCAGGUCUCUGCCAACCAGAUGGUCGCUAGGCGAUGGUUGAACGACAACGCCGGUAACAGGACCGACGACAAGGCCAAGUUGGCUUUCCGAUUCGGUUUGAAGGACAUCCCCGUCGAACUCUACCCCAUGCUGGUUUGUGUCGUUGCCGCUUGUGUCGGUGGAGGUUACGCUCUUGCCCGUCAACUCUACAAGGACGGUUCCGAUCUCCGAAUGCUCCCCAACUCGUUCAGGAAGACUGCUUCCUCUUCUUCUCACUAAACGGUGUCGAGUUGGAUGUAUGGUGUAUUCAGACGAAGGAGAGGAAGUCUUGUAUCAGACGGGAGACGAGGCGGGACGGCGCUUUUAUAUCGAUCAGAUGCGGCUCAAAG